UUGCAAUUGCACACUAAGUGCGUGGCCCGACGUUAGACAAGUUUCCGCUUCGCAGAGACAUGAUGGUCGCAGCGCAACCCCACAUGGACAUCGAGACCGACGCCUUCAAAGACUCGACACAGUUGACUUUGACCUUUUCCCGGCGCGUCUCGAGAUGGAGCGGCAGAGCACUAAGUCUCUCUUGAUUUGCUGAAGUGCGAGUGCGGCGGCUGCUCACAAGGUAAUGGGAGGAUAGAUAUGCGAACGACGUACAGGUUGUGGCGGACUGAGCCUAGGACACCAACAGCCCGCUGCAGCCUUUCGUCUCCCCGCCGUCAUCCUCUGUCUUCGGCUCGACCGGCAGGCCUAUCUCCCCUUCCAUCUCUCGCCGCUGCCCGGUCAUCGUGUCUUUCUGAAAACAGCUCACAAUGCCUGGCGACCAGAUCCGCCUGCUCGCCCUCGACGGCGGCGGCGUGCGCGGCCUGUCGUCGCUCAUGAUCCUCCGCAGGCUCAUGGCCGCCGUCGACCCCGCGUCCCUGCCCAAGCCCUGCGACUACUUCGACAUGAUCGGCGGCACCAGUACCGGCGGCUUCAUCGCUGUCAUGCUCGGCCGCCUGCGGAUGACCGUCGACGAGUGCAUCACGGCCUACACCUCGCUGUCGGACAGCGUGUUCGAAAAGAAGAGCCACCGGGUCAACAUCAAGGGCCAGUUCCAGGGUCGGUUCGAUGCGGGCGCGCUGGAGCGCGCCAUUAAGGAGAUCCUUCGAGAUCGCGGUCUCGGCGAGAAUACGCUCCUCGAGGACGUUGACGCGCCGUGCAAGGUCCAGUUAUCGCUCCUCGCACAGCGACAAUUCCGACCUUCUCAAUUCGACCACGAUAUGGCCUGCCGCGCCACGUCUGCUGCCACAACCUUCUUCAACCCUAUUGCCGUCGGGCCGUUCGGCGAAGAAUUCGUUGACGGUGCGCUGGGCGAGAACAACCCGGUGUAUUCAGUAUGGAAUCAGGCCCAAGAUGUUUGGGGCGAUCAGCUGCAGCGCAAGCUUCAGUGUCUGGUGUCGAUCGGGACGGGCAUGCCGAGGCUUGUGCCGGUGCGCGACGACGCUCUUGGCAUCUGGGCGACGCUCAAAGACCUCGCCACUGAGACAGAGAUGACGGCGCAGCGGUUCCACCAUGACAAGUCCAGCUUGGAUGUCGAAGGGCGCUACUACCGCUUUAACGUCGAUCGCGGGCUGGAGGAGAUUGGACUCGAGGAAUCCAAGAAGACGGCAGAGAUUGCAGCGGCGACGCGGCUUUAUACUGGGACUCAAACUGUAUCAAAGCUGAUAAAGGCGUGCGCAAACAAUUUGGCGAGACGAGAGUUACAUCCGCCUCUUCUAUUCGCUAAUGCUCUGGCAUUGCUCGUGCGCCAGGCCCAGGGCGUGGCCGAGUUCGUGCAGGGAUUUGUAGCCAACCUCGAUGCUAACCGUCUGCUUUCCGCCGAGCAUACCAAUGCCGCUGCUGCUGCUCCUGGAUGCUGGGUCGUGGAUCAAUAUAUAAUUUGCCUCGCUACGGUGCUCGACAAAAGAGACGCCGGCUGCUUUCUCCCACUUGGUCAUGGCGUCGCGGACAUCGCUCUCAUAUGGAUAGCCUGA